UUAUAAAACAGCCAGCGAACUGUUAAUCCGUGUUUACUAAAUUACCCGUCCCUCCACACCUCAGUGUGCUGUGACUGUGACCCGGCAGCUGACUGACUCGGGACCAUGAAGAGCUCAGAGAUCCUGACCGGACUGAUCAUAGUCGGACUCUUCACCGUCAUGUGUUCUGGACAAACUUCCCAAGAACUCACAGAUGACACACAGCUGUCCCAGCAGGAAACGGAGAACGAAUUGGUUGAGGCUAUGACAGCACUUUUGGGAAGAUAUCAGCCUCAUGUACCAUCUUCAGAAAAACGUAGCAUUCCACAGUGUGCUGUGGGGUCCCGCUGCGCCAUGAGACUGGGUCCACGCUUUGGGAAAUUGUGUGAAUGUGUCAGAGGAUCUAACUGUAACUCAUUUCUCUUAAAAUGCAUCUGAGUCAUUAAAAAAAGCCGCAAAUCCAUAAUCCUUUCCUGAAGCUGUAAAGUCAUGCACCUGAAAGAGGCAGUGGGUGGAAAUCUGUUUUCUGAAUCACUUGUGCAAGGUGAUAAGCAUUCAUCAAAAUGCAGCGUGACAAACAAUAGCAAAGCAUGGGUUUAAUGCGUUUA